AUGCGCCUUAACGGACUGGGUGUGGUAUACGGAAUGACAGCUACGCUUAGCGUAUGGAAACCAAAGGUUGAAGACAGAGAAAUCGAACUCAGUAUCUCCCAAGUUUGGGUAAGUUCGGGAUCGUAUAAGAAGAAGAAUCUUCAGACAAUCGAAAUAGGAUGGCAGGUGUAUCCGCAAUUAUAUAACAACGACAAGACAAGACUAUUCACCUUUUGGACGAAUGACACGUACCAAACGGGAUGCUAUAACCUAAGGUGCCCUGGUUUUGUGCAAACCAAUAGGAAUAUAAUCCUUGGAGGCGCCAUUACUCCAAUUUCUGUCUUCGGAGGUAGACAAUCUGAACUUGACAUUCUCGUUUGGAAGGAUCGCAAACAUGGGAAUUGGUGGCUGAGCUUAGGGAACGGAGACAACUCGUUGGUAGGGUAUUGGCCCGCGGAACUUUUCACAAGUGUUGAUCCUGCCGACGAGGUGAGUUGGGGCGGUGAGAUCGUGGAUACCCACAGGUUCGGUAGACACACGAAGACCCAAAUGGGCUCGGGUCAUUAUCCUAUGGAAGGUUUCGGAAAAGCUAGUUAUAUCCGAAACCUAGCGAGUAUAGAUAUCAACAACAACCUCCAGCCGAUCCCAAAAUCAAACACAGAUACACAAAUAAGCAAAUAUUAUAAGGUUAAAAAUUUGGAAACAGAUAACGAACCAUAUUUCUACUUCGGAGGGACAGGAUUAAGUACGCAUUCAGGAGUCUUGUGA